CAGGCGCUGGCGGCGGAGACUACCAGUGUUUCCCACUCUUUAGCACAAUCAAACCUCAAUUUUCAACUCAAUCAAUCACUAUUUCUCAAGGAGUGCGUUCUUUGUGCUGACAAUUAGGCCUUACAACGUACAACACCUCAGAAAAUUUCGCAAUUAUCAAUUAAACUCUGCUUACUGCAACGAGGACUGGCAAACCCCACGGUGUCGCGGGUUGUUACCCGGUCGCAAUGAUGAAGCAGUCGCUGCUGUGCCUCGUGGCAUUGGUGGCUUCUCUAUCCUGGUGCACAGAAACGGCACCUUUCAUACAGCCCAUCGACGGAGAAUUCCCAGGUCAGCAGGCUGCAAGGGUUAUGCGAAUAUUAAGACGCGACGACAGUUGCCCAUCCGAUUAUAACGGCUGUUCUGGUCAAGGAAAUUCCAAUGUCUGCUGCAAGUCAGGAACGACGUGCACGGUCGAUGCCGCCAAUAACAUCGCUUGUUGUCCAAUAGGAGCAGCGUGUACAGGAACAUUAAGUGGGAGUACGACAGCUGGCGGCGGCGGUGGUAAUGGGGCAACGACAUCGAGCUUCAUGUUUCCGCAGAGCACGUCUGCUACUACCACCACGUCUGCACCUCCAGUAAGCAUCACUGGCUCGACGGUGGCCGGUGGUGCGUACCCAUUCGUGUAUAUUCCGACCAGUUUUGCAAAUGCUGCUACCUGCGUGUCAUAUUAUUCUUUCUGUCAAGAGGAAUACACAAGUUGUAUAGUAUCCCUCGGCGGGCAGUAUGGCGUAACCGUCGCCGGCGCUGGAGGGGGCGUGACAGUACAGGGUAACACUGCUGUGACAUCAGCAUCAGCAGCGUUAUCAAUAUGCUCGAGUCUGAGUACACAGGCUUGUUAUGGGCUGCGAGAAGGAUAUUGCACGGCCUUUGGCACCGCUUCGGCCAGCAAUGGACAAUUCGUCACAGGAAGCUAUGCGCCACGGCGGAGAUCUAGCUUAUCCGAAAUUAUUCUUGCUGCUGCAGCGGGGGUUUUAGGGAUGUUUAUAUGAUGCAGAUGAUAGAAGUAAUCAUCACGAUGAUUUAUGAGGAUUUGGAAGAUCGGCCUGGGCUGUGGCGUUGGCGCGCGUUUUUUUUUUCUCUUUCUUUCUUGUAUAUGGAAUGUGAAUAUGAUAUCUCUUGAUUUAUUUGUAUAAACUCAUCUUAUUUAUUACGUCUUUGAGGUCUAAAUAAGCAUAAUCCACCAUGUCGGAUACAGGCAUAUCUGGAAUGUGAAGUGUCAGAUCUGAUCUGGAAUGCGGAGGAAGCCUAAGUUGACUCCACAAAAUCGGCAGCAUACAUGAUGCCGUCUAUAUAGUUAAAUUAUACAAUCUAUCUAUC